UAAUAAUGGCUUCACUGAUAAAUUUUCAUACCAUAUAGUUCAACCAUUUAAAGUAUACAGUUUUGCUUUUCCCUUUUGUGGCUAUCACUGAGGCACCAGCGGCCAAAAUGAAGUUCAAUCCCUUUGUGACUUCUGACCAGAGCAAGAAUUGUAAAAGGCAUUUCCCUGUGCCUUCCCACAUUCAUAGGAUGAUCUUGUCUUCCCCUGUUUCCAAAGAGCUGAGGCAGAAGUACAGUGUCUGCUCCAUGCCCAUCCAGAAGGAUGAUGAUGUUCACGUUGCUCGGGGACAUUAUAAAGAACAGCAAAUUGGCAAAGUAGUCCAGGUUUACAGGAAGAAAUAUAUCAUCUACAUUGAAAGAGUGCAGUGGAAGAAGGCAAAUGGCACAGUCAUUCAUGUGGGCAUUCACCCCAGUGAGGUGGUUAUCAGUAGACUAAAGCUGGACAAAGACCGCAGAAAGAUCCUAAAACACAAAGCCAAAUCUCACCAAGUAGGAAAGGAAAAGGGCAAAUACAAGGAAGCAACAAUUGAGAAGAUGCAGGAAUAAAAUAGUCUUGUAUAUAAC